CGCCCACGAAAGGGACUGCGUUGAUCGGUCAGUUAACCGGUCCACACGCGGAGAUUUGUCUCCAGGAACCGCUGUCUUUCUUUUGGUCUCGAAAAAAGCUUGGUUGUCUCUUCUGGACAUCUCUCAGACAUAGAUCUGCGUUUGUACUACCUUGGCCGAUGGGAAGAAGCAAUCUUAUCUCGCCUUUAUUUUCGACCUUUUCGGUAGGACAUUUCCCUGUUUUGCGAUGCCGGGUAAUAAUGGCAUCCUUGUGGGCCAGAAAUCCAAGUUUCUCGACUUGAUUUCUUCCGCUAUCAAAGGGCGCGGAGGCUUGUUUGCGGUGACGGCAUUGACCAUCCUGAACAUCCUCAUUUUCAUGAACGUACUUUACCAGCGAAGUGCAACAGCUGCUGUCUCGAAUAAUAGCUAUACUUUACGCCAGCCUGACCAGAAGAGCUCGAACGGAUCAAAUCUUGUCAAGCCCGAUAAUUUGACGAUAUCCGGGCUCGUGUUCUUUGGGCGAAAAGAUAGAGUGGAGUCGAUGCAUUGUUAUCUCGAGCGGAACAUAGUUGACAACGGCGGCUGGCUAGACGAGGUUCUGUGGGUUGUCAACACGGAAGAUGGGAAAGACCUUGCAUACUUGGAAACUAUCCUUAAGCGCUCGCCUAAGCGUUAUAAGAAAUUGAAUCUCGGAAAGAAAGUAAGAGGCCCGGAAUUUCGCCAGAUUUGGAAACAUUUGGAGCGCGGAAAGAUGUACGUCAAAGUUGACGAUGAUGUCGUAUGGCUUGCGGACGAUGCAAUCCCGAGGAUAGUUGACAGGAAGUUCAAUAAUCCCAAUGAUUUCGCCGUGUCCGCGAACAUUAUCAAUAACCCUCCUUUAUCCUUUAUGCACUAUCAUUUCGGCGCCUUACACCCCUACUUCCCUGAGUUAGACAAAAACGGCGACGCAACGACGAAAAUCAGCUCAAACAAAGCUUGGAGACCGUCAGCACAUCCAUACUGGAGCGGGCCAUCGGGUUUCACGUGGCCCAUGGAUGCGAAUCCUCCAGCAAGAGGCCAUCGCUGGCUCCGGGUCAAAGACGACAAGGCUAUUUCCCGCACUCCAGUGUCAAAGCUAAAGUAUGAAGUGUGGGGUGAUACAUAUGUGAGCUGGGCUAUCGCUGCUCAACAGCACUACUCAUUUCUCGAGAACCUGGAGUCCGGCAAUCUGCAUUUAUACAAAUUCGAACCUCCCUGGAAUAUGGAUAAUGAGCGAAUUAGGAUCAAUGUACUUGCCGUUAUGGCCGAUGACAUUCUGGAUAGCAAUAUUGACAGUUGGCCAAAGGAGAGGAGUGACGAGGAGAUGGUUGUUAUGGAGCUACCAAAAAUGUAUUCACGACCUGUUAAUAUCGUCGGCUCCGCGCUCGCCGUACAUUUCAACUUCCAGCAUCAGCGAGGUGUUGUAGACACUGAUCUUCUCGCACGAUAUCGGGCAUUGACGCUCGAGCAGGCGUGUCCCCCUAAAUAACUUUGUCAUAUUAUCGUAUUUACGAGCUUUUCUCUGAAACACACAUGCGGACCGAGGAGAACCGCCAAAGUGUGCUCAAUAUCCCGACCUACCGCAAACCGAUGGCUGUUUCAUAUUGAAAUGGGAUUGCGUCUUUGUCUAUAGUUCGUUCUCGGGAAUCGAACUUGGGAGAUUUGGGACGAAGGAAGUGCAUCUACCAAGUCGCAAUCUGGAGUACUUCUUGUAUUGGAUAUAGAACUGAGAAGUUUGGGUUGAAUAUCGCUGUCCUAUUACCUAAUUCUAAAUACCAUGGCUGGAAAACUGCUGGGGCGCAUCAGGUGUUUUUUUUUUUUCUUUCAUAUUUCAUUGUAUCUACAGAGUAGUGC